UGUCAGGAUCCUAGCAGCGGGAGGCAGGGAUCGGACAUCGGUGCAGGGACUCCGCCGUGUGAGCCUCGCACAGCGACAACUGGGACAAGUGCUGCGAGGCCAGGGCUGCCUGCCAGGUCACAGAGUCGAGCGGGGACCUGUGGGGCAGUUGGCCGCACAGGCAAGAUGGGGAACCGGGAGAUGGAAGAGCUGAUCCCUCUGGUGAACCGUCUGCAGGACGCUUUCUCGGCUCUGGGACAGAGCUGUCUGCUAGAACUGCCACAGAUCGCCGUGGUGGGCGGCCAGAGUGCCGGCAAGAGCUCAGUGCUCGAGAAUUUCGUGGGCAGGGACUUUCUUCCUCGAGGCUCAGGCAUUGUAACCAGACGACCUCUUGUACUCCAGCUUGUCACCUCUAAAGCAGAAUAUGCUGAGUUUCUACAUUGCAAAGGAAAAAAAUUUACAGAUUUUGAUGAAGUUCGACAUGAGAUUGAAGCAGAAACGGACCGUGUAACGGGAAUGAAUAAAGGCAUCUCUUCUAUACCCAUUAACCUCCGAGUCUACUCUCCCCACGUGUUAAAUCUAACGCUAAUCGACCUACCCGGAAUAACGAAAGUGCCCGUGGGAGACCAGCCACCAGAUAUUGAGUAUCAGAUCAGAGAUAUGAUUAUGCAGUUCAUCACGAGGGAGAACUGUCUGAUUUUGGCUGUCACACCAGCCAACACCGAUCUUGCGAACUCGGAUGCACUGAAGCUAGCCAAAGAAGUUGAUCCUCAAGGUCUGAGGACCAUUGGCGUGAUCACCAAGCUGGAUCUCAUGGAUGAAGGAACGGAUGCCAGGGAUGUACUGGAGAACAAGCUGCUGCCUCUUCGCAGGGGCUACGUGGGGGUGGUCAACAGAAGCCAGAAGGACAUAGACGGAAAGAAAGACAUUAAGGCAGCCAUGUUAGCAGAAAGGAAAUUUUUUCUUUCUCACCCGGCAUACAGACACAUUGCUGAUCGUAUGGGGACCCCACACCUCCAGAAGGUCCUGAAUCAGCAACUUACCAACCAUAUUCGAGAUACCCUGCCCAACUUCAGGAACAAGCUACAGGGGCAGCUGCUCUCCAUAGAACACGAAGUGGAGGCCUUCAAAAACUUCAAACCGGAAGACCCCACAAGGAAGACCAAAGCCCUGCUGCAGAUGGUCCAACAGUUCGCUGUGGACUUUGAGAAGAGAAUCGAAGGGUCCGGGGAUCAAGUCGACACCUUAGAGCUCUCUGGAGGUGCUAAGAUCAACCGCAUUUUCCACGAACGCUUUCCUUUUGAGAUAGUGAAGAUGGAGUUCAAUGAGAAAGAACUGAGAAGAGAAAUAAGCUAUGCAAUCAAAAACAUACAUGGGAUCAGGACAGGGCUGUUUACUCCAGACAUGGCGUUUGAGGCAAUAGUCAAAAAGCAGAUAGUAAAACUGAAAGGGCCUUCCUUGAAGAGUGUGGACCUGGUAAUGCAGGAGCUGAUCAACACUGUGAAGAAGUGUACCAAGAGGCUGGCAAACUUCCCCAGACUCUGUGAAGAAACAGAGAGGAUUGUUGCUAACCACAUCCGUGAGAGAGAAGGGAAGACAAAGGACCAGGUCCUGCUAUUGAUUGACAUUCAAGUCUCUUACAUUAACACCAACCAUGAGGACUUCAUCGGCUUUGCAAAUGCUCAGCAGAGGAGCAGUCAGGUUCACAAGAAAAGCACAAUUGGAAAUCAGGGAACCAAUCUUCCGCCUUCACGGCAAAUUGUGAUUCGUAAGGGCUGGCUGACCGUUAGCAACAUUGGCAUCAUGAAAGGAGGCUCGAAGGGCUACUGGUUUGUCCUCACUGCAGAAAGCUUGUCCUGGUAUAAAGACGAUGAGGAGAAAGAAAAGAAAUACAUGCUUCCCCUGGACAACCUGAAGGUCCGGGACGUGGAGAAGGGCUUCAUGUCCAGCAAGCAUGUCUUCGCACUCUUCAACACAGAGCAAAGGAAUGUAUACAAAGACUAUCGCUUCCUGGAGCUGGCCUGUGAUUCCCAGGAAGACGUGGACAGCUGGAAAGCGUCUCUGCUCAGAGCUGGGGUCUAUCCAGAUAAAUCUGUAGGGAGCAACAAAACUGAAAAUGAUGAAAAUGGACAAGCAGAAAACUUUUCCAUGGACCCACAGUUGGAGAGGCAAGUGGAGACCAUACGCAACCUAGUAGACUCCUACAUGUCAAUAAUCAACAAAUGCAUCCGAGACUUAAUUCCAAAAACAAUAAUGCACCUUAUGAUCAAUAACGUUAAAGACUUCAUCAACUCUGAGCUCCUAGCCCAGCUCUACUCUUCGGAGGACCAGAACACUCUGAUGGAAGAGUCCGCGGAGCAGGCUCAGCGCCGAGAUGAGAUGCUCCGAAUGUACCAAGCCCUGAAAGAAGCCCUCGCGAUCAUUGGUGACAUCAACACGGCCACUGUGUCCACCCCAGCCCCACCUCCAGUCGAUGACUCCUGGCUCCAGCACUCCAGGAGGUCACCUCCUCCAAGCCCCACCACCCAACGAAGGCUGACGAUAAGUGCUCCCCUCCCGAGACCCACAUCAGGCCGUGGGCCAGCUCCCGCUAUCCCCUCUCCAGGCCCCCACUCCGGAGCUCCCCCAGUUCCAUUCCGUCCUGGCCCAUUACCUCCUUUUCCCAACAGCAGUGACUCCUUUGGAACCCCUCCGCAAGUUCCGUCCAGGCCCACAAGGGCACCCCCCAGUGUUCCAAGCCGGAGGCCACCCCCAUCACCAACUCGCCCCACUAUAAUCCGUCCGCUAGAAUCCUCACUGUUAGACUAAACGAAGUGUCCGGCAUGGCAAUUAAACCAUUAAUGAUUUAUGCAAACGCAGCACACUCGAUAACCUUUGCAGCUCAACCAUGAGUAGUCGCAUGUAUGGACCUCUAUAGGCAAGUAGCCAGUCUUACUAACGUGUUCACCAACUCAUCUUCAUUGCUCAUGGUAUGUCAGACCUUUGGGGUUUGACUCCGAAAACCUGCUAACCUGUAGAGAGGCUUAAAUAUGAUGUAUUGACCAAGGUAGUUUUACACAGCAGUUCUACCCUAUCCAACAUAUACUGGAAGUUGCCUUGGAAGAGGUUUCUAAGCUGUCUACAGAGAAGCUUAUGACGAUUCUUAACAGAUACAAGAGUGUGAGCUUGGAACCACACCGACCUUCCCCACAUUCUGCUUAGGGACGCAGAAACUCUGCAUCUGAUGUUAACGUCACCAUUCAGUCCCCUCCCCCCCCCCCGCCCCUUAUUUCAUAGGACUGCUUAAAAAGAAAAAAGAAAAAAAAAAAGCAAGGUUCUUAAAUCAGCAUUGUUUAAGAUGGAAGCUUUUCAGGAGCCAGAGGCAGUCUGCAAAGGGCAAGUCCCCGGGGUUUGCCCUGGAGAACUUCUCCUAGUGCCUGCCUGUUGUGGUUUUGGUAAUCCGUUGAUAGAUUUGGCUUCUUUCAGAGUUCAAAGAAGAAGCAAAAACUAAUCACCACUCUAAAAGUGUCUGAGAAAAUAGGAUUUAUUAUCUUAUUAUUUACCUCUUUGUGAGCUAUGAUGAAGGAAGGCUGACAUUGCAAGUGCUUAAUUUUCCAGUUGAUUGGACGGCAUGGGUAACUAACUCUGUUUAGUUAUUAUGAUUAUCAUUUUGGCUGGAGAAAAAUUAAAUGUAUGCUAGCACAUGAUUUCUAUGGUUUAUAUAUAAAUGAUUAUACAAGAAUCCUUUUUAAAAAUGACUUUAGUGUCUCCACCCAUUCCAGACUCCCUUAAAUCUUACAGCUUACUCUGACACAAUUGCAUGGUAAGUGUGGCCCCUGGUAUGGGAAGGCAAUCCAUCAGAGAUGGUUUAAGAGCACGGCCCACGUGUUUACAGAUGCCUCGCUUCAGCUCGCUCCUGAAAGACAACAUCCAUGCCAUAGCCAGCUGCAGGACAAGCCCGCCGUCUCUCGGAUCUCUAGACUUUACAAGAGCAGCCUGCCCGAGAGGUUAUUAGUUCAGCCUUGAGGCUACAUUUUGAACUACCUAUGACCAGAUGGCUGGCACAUAGGAAACAGCUAGAAGCCAAAUGGAAUCCCGUCUGCUAACUGCAUCCAGACGGCAGAGCGGGCUUUCGCUGAAUUGUAGCGUCCCCAGACAUUAUUCCAUAAUCACAGAGGUAAAUCAGGUUUUCCUAAAUGCAGCAUCUCCUUUUGAAGGCAGUCAACAUGAUUUGUAUGCAAACUUCACUUUAAUUUCCUGUGCAGUUUCUACCCAAAGCAAGUGGCUAUAAAGUAUGAUGUAAAAACUUUUAACCAUCAUUUUAAAAAGUUUUUUUUUCCAAGUGAAAUGCCACUGCAUUGAACUUAUUCUAAUGGGUUAGAUCCCACUUUUAAUUGGCAGAGGACAUGCGACAUACAAAGGGGUAUUUUCAACCUCUAAGUGACAUAGAGGAGCUCUAACAUCUCUAAUUUUUUUUUCCCUGUUGAAAAAAAAAUAUUUAUGAAUGGAACUCAUGUAAGACAUGCAAAUUGUCUUUGAAAACAGUGUCCCAACUAAAUGAAAGAAAAAAAAAAAAAACAACGUUAAGCAAACAUUUAUAAUCAAACAACUACUGGGCAAUGAGGUCCUCCCGCAAAUCCCCCUUCUUUCAGCACCCCCUUUGCUCCUUCCUCUGAGUUCUCUAAAACAGGCAGCCAGCGAAUUAGAUACUUCAGGGUUUGGCUUUGUCCUUCCUGUGUUUGUGAAUCUUGCUAUAUUUCAAAUUUUUCCUUCUGUUGGAAGAAACUGACUCAGAAAACCACUGGUGUGUUCUCGAAUCGGCACAAACCAAUGUCAAGGAAAACUGAGGAUUUGUCUCUCCAAAUUUCUUCCCACUGAUCCUAGAUGGUCGUGAACAAUGGCGCUCGUCAUCUUUAGCUCUUGCUUCUUGAUCCACAGAUUCCUUGUCCCAAGUGUCUCCCUUUGUCAGGUCAGUUUUGUUCUCUUUGCUACCGAGUUAUAGCUGGUGGCAGCCAGAAUCCCUUACUCCCCCACCCCCUCCCCAGAAGAUCAACACUGGCACCCCAGAAUAUUUUCAGUUCAAGAGGUUUGCACUCUGCUAAUAGCAGACACCAACAUGAACGAAGCCUGAGGUUUCACUGGAGUGUGCAAGAAUGCACGUCAGGCAUCAGGACGGGAAUGUAAGCUUGAAGGACCUUCUGCUUCACACUCCGUUUCUAAUCUCUCAGUCAACCUCCUGGUUGAGGACUCCAAGGUUGUCAGCACAAUAGAUAUAGUUUUAUCUUGUCUAGCGUAAUAAUAACUUUAAAAAGUGUUUUUAGGAUUUGAAAAGGUACAUGGUUGAUAAGUAAAAGCCAGCUUUCCUGUCACAUGCUAACUUUUACAUGCAGAUUGGCUAGCUGGAAUAGCCAAUCAUUUGUAGAUGGGACUGUGAAACAGUAUUGAUUUAGGACAGAUAUAUUUCCAAAAAUCAUCUACCGAGAAUACCUUCUUGGAUGUUCCCUUUAGGUGUGUUCUAUAACAUAGAAGAGCAGUGGGUCUAUUUAUUGGCAAUUUCUCUGUUUGUGCAGAUACAUACUCAUUCUAUCCAAAAUCAUAACCAAACAGUUCCUGUGAUAUAAGCAUUCUAAAUUUAGAAUUAAGAGAUAGCCACAUAGGUUCACUUGUGAUUGUUAGACUGUAGCCAUACUCUAAACCAUGAGAUGGGACCUGACACCAGUCCAUGACAAGUGUUGUUUUCUGUGCACUCAUUUUCUCUGCAUGUCUCUAGGAAUACACUACGUACUUUGUGGCCACGUAUUUUGUGUCCUUUUGAGUAAGUAGGUUCAAAAGCAAUUACUAAAACUCCAUUAAGCAUGAAUGUGAUUUUAUAUGCAUCAUAUAUGUAUAUGAAUAUAAAUAUCAGUGUAAGCCUGUGCUCAGUAUGUAAGAGUAUGAAUAUAUUUUUAACUGUUAAUAAAUAUGUUGGGAAGACCUGCCAUAAUAUGAUUAUGGUAGCUCAUUUCUCAUAGCAUACAUGAGAGACACAAGACCUCCUAACCCAUUCUGUAUAUAUUCUGAGGGGCACAAAGCUUAUGAUAACCAUGAUGACCACCAUAAUUAUAACCAUGACAAAGCAGAGUCAUGUCUAUGGUCCUUUGUAUUGAAACCCACAGCACUGCUACCUAAGAAGGUGUUACUUUUGGGUGAUACUUUGAUUUUUUUUUUAAAAAAAGGUGUAAGAUUUGGAAGCUUUUCUCUGGGGUCUCUGGUUAGUAUUGUGUUUUCUGGGCAUUGCUGAGCUGACUCUUACAAAAAUCUAAGUUAAUCUGUAUUGUCCCGAGUUCUCUUCAGUAAAGUUAAAAAGAAUGCAAAGUCAGCAACACAAUGAAAGUAACAAGAGCAAACCUGUUAAAACACGUGGGGGACAGGACACUCAAUUCCUUGUUAUCUACUCUGUCGGGUAAACCUUUGACAUUUGGGAAACUGUGCAAUCACUUUAAAUUGAGGAGAAUCUCUGCAAGAUGAGUAACAAAUCCUAAACAGACCUCCUAGUAUCUCAAGUCAGUGAGAGAUGUCUGUGUCUGACGGGAGCAUGAGCUUGUCAUUUCACCCAGCACUAGUAGCUGUGAGCUCAGAGUUCCUGCGAAUGAAGCCAACUUUAGAGAAAUAAUGGAUAGUUCACCAGAACCUUUAGUCUUUCCUAAAGAACUUCAGUUUGUCUGUCUAGCUGAUGUGUUUAAAAUUGCGUGGUGCUCUGUAUGUGAAACUUUAACAAUAUUUUUGAAGUAUACAUAGUAUAUGCAUUGCUAGUUGUGUAUAUAUACAUACAUGUAGUAAUAUCUGUAUGUGUGGAGAGCAAGAGACAGGAGUCUCAAAGAACCUCCUGUUUGAGAUCUGUUAGCACUGGGGAGACCCCUCAUUCCACUGCUCAAGGGUUUCAUGUGUGGCUCAGCUUGAGGCAUCCAUUUCCUUAUAAUCUUUACCUUUUAAUCCCUUAAACUUUACUCAUAAUGUUUUCAACUUAUACAAAAACUACUCCAGUGUCUUGGACUGACUGCUGCCAAUCUGUGAAAAUGACUCCUCCCAAACCAGAAACCCUACCACUGUCACCUUGUGUGUUUGAUUUCAUAUGCACACUGCUUUUGUCUCAUGGGUGUAUAUGUGUUCCUCUUCUCUUCCCAUUCUGAGUCAAGCUUUACUUCGCCUUUUGUGUGAUUUGAGUACAUAGAAGCCAAAUCUUGUUUUCUCUGUCGAUUCUUCAGCAUGAGCCAGAAUACCUCCCACUGUCGUUUUUAACCACUUUGGGGAUUUCUUAAUGCUGGAUUAAUAUGGAUUCUGUGAAUGGGAUUUUUUGAAGCAAAUUCCUAAAGCCUGUAUCAUCCUUGAAGGUCAUGUACCUAUUGUGAAAAAAAAAAUGUGAAACUGUAUUUCUGAACCUGAAAUAAAUUAUUACAUUUGAAGGAACCCCCAAUUCCUCACCCUUGUAUACAUUUGAGUCUGUGCAUUUCACUAACACCAGGAAGUAAAGUCCCAUUGUCCCUUGGCUCAAAUUGGCCCAGCAUCACUAAAGUGGGGAGCGACAGCAUUCUGUGUAUCUGUGCUUAAGUUAUGGGGAAAGGAGAUUUUUUUUUUAAGACAGAAUAAAUCAGGUGAUUCCCAAUAAGGCAGUGGGAAGAGACA